CCAGCCCGCCCGUUGUGUCAGGCCCUCCUCUCCGCUCCCCGUAGGUGUGUCUGGGCUCCGUGGCUGCCUGUCUCACUCCUGCAGAGACGCCGCCGCCCGAGAGGUCACCCACCCGCACCCCCAGCGCGCCCGCCACCGACCAGCCAGGUGACCCGUGAUGGAAGCUGCAGAGGCCUCCAGGAGCAACGGAGCCAGCCCGGACGUCAGGGAUGCCCGCAGCCCCCUGAGCCCUAGUGGAAGCCUGGAGAAUGGGGUCAAAGCUGAAGGUAAAGAGGCCAAGACUGCCAAUGGGCACGGCGGGGAGGCGGCCGAGGGCAAGGGCGCAGGUGGCGCCCUGAAGCCGGGCGAAGGCAAGGGCUCCCUGUUCUCUGGCAGUGAGUGGCGGCGGCCCAUCAUCCAGUUUGUCGAGUCGGUGGAUGACAAGGGAUCCAGCUACUUCAGCAUGGACUCUGGGGAAGGCAGGCGGUCGCCCUAUGCCGGGCUCCAGCUGGGGGCUGCCAAGAAGCCGCCUGUCACCUUUGCCGAGAAGGGGGAGCUGCGCAGGUCCAUGUUCUCGGAGCCCCGCAAGCCCUCGGUGUCCAUCGUGGAGCCCGGGGACGUCCGGCGGAACAGCUACCCCCGGGGCGACUCCAGCACCCUCCUGCGCUCCAAGUCGGGCUCCGAGGAGGUCCUCUGCGACUCGUGCAUCGGCAACAAGCAGAAGGCCGUCAAGUCUUGCCUGGUGUGCCAGGCCUCCUUCUGCGAGCUGCACCUCAAGCCCCACCUGGAGGGCGCCGCCUUCCGCGACCACCAGCUGCUCGAGCCCAUCCGGGACUUCGAGGCCCGCAAGUGCCCUCUGCACGGAAAGACCAUGGAGCUCUUCUGCCAGACGGACCAGACCUGCAUCUGCUACCUCUGCAUGUUCCAGGAGCACAAGAACCACAGCACUGUGACCGUGGAAGAGGCCAAGGCCGAGAAGGAGACGGAGCUGUCACUACAAAAGGAGCAGCUGCAGCUCAAGAUCAUUGAGAUAGAAGAUGAAGCUGAGAAGUGGCAGAAGGAGAAGGACCGCAUCAAGAGCUUCACCACCAAUGAGAAGGCCAUCCUGGAGCAGAGCUUCCGGGACCUGGUGCGGGACCUGGAGAAGCAGAAGGAGGAAGUGAGGGCUGCGCUGGAGCAGCGGGAGCAGGAUGCAGUGGACCAGGUGAAGGUGAUCGUGGAUGCUCUGGAAGAGAGGGCCAAGGUGCUGCAGGAUGACAAGCAGACCAGGGAGCAGCUGCACAACAUCAGCGACUCGGUGCUGUUUCUGCAGGAAUUUGGUGCUUUGAUGAGCAAUUACUCCCUCCCGCCACCCCUGCCCACCUAUCAUGUUCUGCUGGAGGGGGAGGGCCUGGGGCAGUCACUGGGCAACUGCAAGGACGACCUGCUUAACGUGUGCAUGCGCCACGUUGAGAAGAUGUGCAAGGCGGACCUGAGCCGCAACUUCAUUGAGAGGAACCACAUGGAGAAUGGGGGUGACCAUCGCUACAUGAACAACUACAGUAACAGCUACACCAGUGAGUGGAGUGCUCCAGACGCGAUGAAGAGAUACUCCAUGUACCUGACGCCCAAGGGUGGGGCCAGGACCUCGUACCAGCCGGCCUCCCCCAGCCGCCUCUCCAAGGAGAAGAACUUCAACAAUCUCUACGGCACCAAAGGUAACUACACCUCCCGGGUCUGGGAAUACUCCUCCACCAUUCAGAGCUCUGACGACGUGCCUGCGGUGCAAGGCAGCUCCUCCUUCUCCCUGAAAGGCUACCCUUCGCUCAUCAGGAGCCAGAGUCCCAAGGCCCAGCCCCAGACCUGGAAAUCCAGCAAGCAGACUUUACUGUCGCACUACCGGCCCUUCUACGUCAACAAAGGCACCGGGGUUGGGUCCAAUGAGGCCCCGUGAGUUCCAGAUGGGCUGGAGCGAGGCCCCGCCACCCCCGUCCUCCCCUCCGGCUGCUGCUCUCACUAAGCUUCUCAUCUGGUGGGGAGGGUCCCGGCCCCGGCCUGCCCUCCCCUGCCCUCAGCCCGCUCUCUCAGGACCACCUGGCCGCCCCCUUCCUCCUGGUCAGCUGUGCUCCAUCCAGUCCUCUCCUGCUCUGUAAUUAAGGGUCACCAUCUUUCCUGUGCUUGGAUGGAGGUGGGAGACGGCUGGGCUUUUACCCUUAACCCACCACCCUCCUGCCCUCGGGCAGGAUCCUUGGGACGCGUGGCGGGUGCCCACGCAGUAUUCGCCCGCCUUCCCUGCCCGGCCCUGCUCUCUUCAGGCCUGUCAGCCACUUCUCUCCAAGGAGCCCUACGCCACGAUGCAGUCAGUAGGCACCUGGCCACGACAGCUGCCCGCCUCCCUCCACCUCUUCCUGGCAGCUUGCCCCCCACCCCAGGAGAAGACUGGCCCCAUGUGCCCUGCUUGGGUCCUGCCAAGCAGUGCCCAGCCCGGCAGGGCCACAGCCCUUGGCCACCACAGAGGGAAAGCUCCCAGUGUCUUGGCAUCACCCUGCCCAGCCUUGAGUCUCCCCACAUCCACCAUGAGUCUGUGGUCCCUGAGGACGGGCUUCCCUCACCGCCAGGAUGACCUUUGCCAGCCCUUUCUUUUGAGAUAAGCCAUUCCCUUGGCAUGGCAUACCCCACCCAGGAAGACAGCUACUGGCCCAGUUGCUCUGAGAGAAAUGUAGUUUACCUACAGAAUUUCAUUAGUUUCAUCAUUGUGUUUCUCCCUGGCAAUGGGAAGUGAGCAGGCAGGUGAAAGUGUGGCGGGGCUGGUAGCCAGAGGUGCUUAUAUUCAAGGGCGCCUUACAUCCUGCCCACACCCUCAUCAUGCACUGCCCCCACUAGAGUCUUCCUCCCCCCUCCGACUGCUCUCCACAUUGCAUGUUGUCAUGGGGCCUCCUGGAGAGGAGCCCAAUCCAGGGGCUCCAACGCAGGGUCAUCCCUGCUCUCACUGACCCCUCCCAAGGGCCGUGGGGGCCACGGGGAGCGGAGCGGCUGUCAGGGGUGGGAGGGGGGACGGGAGGGAGGGAGGCGUGGGGGAGGGAGGUGUGGGGGAGGGAGACAUUCAGCUUGGGCUUUCCCCUCUUGAAUAAAUCAUUGAUCAUUCA